UCCGCAAAGUACUUGCUACAUCCGGGUUCUUUUAUAUUAUUCAAAACACUAAUGACGGAUAAGGAAAACAUUCAAAACAUUUAUCUUUUUUGGUUUUAAGGUCAUGACAAUUGGAAUAAUGUGGUAGAUCACUCAUAUUUGAUUAGAAUGUUAGCGUGAAAUCAUAACUGAGUCAACGGAUUAAGUUUUUAUUUGGUAUCUUACAAGUUUGAACAAUCUUGGUUUUGAUUGAUCAAUCACCGACAGACGCUUGGAAAAAUGGGGUGUUCUUUGAGUACGGACGACAAAGCGGCACAAGAAAGAUCAAAAGCGAUUGAUAAAAAUCUACGUGCCGAUGGAGAAAAGGCAGCGAGAGAAGUGAAAUUACUUCUACUAGGUGCUGGAGAGUCUGGCAAAAGCACCAUUGUAAAACAGAUGAAAAUCAUCCAUGAGAAGGGCUACUCCCAGGAAGAAUGCCUUCAAUACAAGCCAGUUGUCUACAGCAACACCAUACAGUCCAUGAUUGCCAUCAUCCGUGCCAUGGGGCAGCUCAAGAUAGACUUUGGACACCCAGAUAGAGCUGAUGAUGCACGACAGUAUUUUGCUUUGGCGGGAAAUGCUGAUGAAGGAGACCUAUCUGGGGAGCUGGCGGCUAUCAUGAAACGUCUUUGGAAGGACUCUGGCGUCGCACACUGUGUCAGCCGCUCCCGCGAAUACCAGCUCAACGAUUCCGCAGAAUAUUACCUGAAUGCGCUUGACCGAAUCUCCCAGCCAAAUUACAUCCCAACAGAGCAGGACGUUCUCCGUACUAGAGUUAAGACAACUGGCAUAGUUGAGACUCACUUCACCUUUAAAGACCUUCACUUUAAAAUGUUUGAUGUUGGUGGCCAGAGGUCAGAAAGAAAGAAAUGGAUCCACUGUUUCGAGGGUGUGACAGCCAUCAUCUUCAUUGUGGCCAUGAGUGAAUACGACCUCACACUUGCCGAGGACCAAGAAAUGAACCGUAUGAUGGAGAGCAUGAAGCUGUUUGACUCCAUCUGUAACAACAAGUGGUUCACGGAGACCUCAAUCAUCCUGUUCCUGAACAAGAAGGACCUGUUUGAGGAGAAGAUCAAGAAAUCCUCCCUCUCUGUUUGCUUCCCGGAGUUCACAGGAGAGAACUCGUAUGAGGAGGCAGCGGCAUACAUCCAGCUGCAGUUUGAGAAUCUGAACAAGAAGAAGGACACUAAGGAGAUCUACACCCACUUCACGUGUGCUACCGACACAAACAAUGUCCAGUUUGUAUUUGACGCAGUCACCGACGUCAUCAUCAAGAACAACUUGAAGGACUGUGGCCUCUUCUAGGAAUUCUGUAGGUUUAAUCUAGUAGAUGGGACUGUGCAUUACAUGUAUAUAGCUGUACAGUAUGUCUCCAGCCAUUGUGUAUCACAUGAUCCAGUCAUGUGACCAGCUUGCAAGUCAUGUGACAUGCUCCAUCAUCAUGUGAUCAGCUCUACAUCAUGUGAUCUGUCCAGAUAUAAUGGAAAUAUUCAGCUGUCUGUGUGCUUGUGGGGACAUUGGUGAAGGCAAGGGCAGAUCACAGGGCCAGUUAUGUCUCCGCACAAUUUUAUUGUUUUAUAAACACCUAAUAUAUCUGUAGUUUUGAAGACUGUAACAGUUGAUUUGUGUAAACUUCUUUCAUUUUAAUGCAGACAAAAUAUUCCUAUCACAGUUCACAUCACGUUACUGUAAGAAGGGUAAUUUUAUGGCUAAGAUUGUUAAUCAUCAAUUAAUAUUGAUGUUUUGGCGCUGGCUUCAGUAUAAAGCUGAUUUGUCUUUUGUAACCUGCAUUAAAAUUGAUAUUAAGUCGUUUUUUUAAUUCGUAGCUUUUUCUUCUUUAUUUAAGGAAAUUGAUACAGUCCCCAUAAAUUUACAAUGCUAAAUGUUGUUUGCUUAACUUGUGUUCAUUAUGUCAAACGAUCUUAAGCAUUGGAUUAGAUUUUGAUAAUUUAUUUUCUUGUACACAUGAACGAGUAUUUUGUAAUUGAAUGAGAACAUGUGAAACAUUUGGGAGUAUUAUAUGAACAUUAAGUUCAGAGUGUGUGCAACAAACAGGUUUUGAUAGUGUUUUAUUCUAUAGAUUUUUGAGAUUGUAAAAUUUUGUGAAUCAAAGUUUGUUUUCUCUGGUGAUGACUUUAUAUUUUUGCAAUUAUUUUGUGUAUCUGUCCAGUUUUGGGGCCAACAUUUUUCUGCUAGUUCAGAAAUCUAUACUUUAGCAUAAUUCCCCUUGCAAGCAUUUUGUAUCAUAUUUAGGCGGAUCUGUAUUUGAAUCAUGGUCUAAAACGAUAAGCAAUAUUAUAAUACAUGUUUAUUAAACUUUUUGUCACCUAGAGCUGAAAAAAAUGUACAAAAAGUUUGAUUUCUAAUUAAAUAAAAAACUUGAUUAUAAAAAUAUGUCACACUGUGGCCGUAAAGUGUAUGACUUUGUGUAGUUCCCAUGUGUACAUUCCAUGUCUGGGUUACAUUUCCAUGGAAACAAGUCUGAUAAACCUCUCAGAUGAUUUCAUGUGUAUUUUAGUAUGAUAAAAACAGGUUAAAGAGAGAUGAAAUGUUAUUUAAUGAACAGAUUUUCCUAAAUUAUCUGAGUUUACUACAGAAUGAUUUUAAUGUAUAGAUUUUCUGUGCAUUUUGAAUGUAACAGUGCAUCAUGGCUACUGUAAAAUAAUGUGAUCAAAUAUUUGAACAUUUAUCUAUUAAUCUACUUUUAUUUGUUGAAAAUCCUUGAACUUUGACCUACAAAGUGCUUUCUUUCUCCAUUAUGUAAUAUGGUUAAAGUUCUUAGUAUGGUAUGUAUUUACCAACAUAUUUGGUUUAAUGCGACAUGUGUCACGUUUGCCUUUUAUUUUUGUGAAUGCUUACUAAUAACCCUUGAACCAGUUUAGUGGUUCAGAUUAUAUUUUGUCUAUUGGGCAAGCAUAGAGGUGAAAAAUCUACAUAAACACCUGAUUAAAAUCAAUAACAGCUACCUGCUAAUUUACCACAAUGAAUGAACAGGAGAUUUGAAAAAUAACUUCCAUCGAAUUGGACAAAUUAUAAUUUAAACCAAUGCGGAUGGUUAUAUAUUUAUAUAAAAAAGUUAUAAAAAAUGAUGCGUAAGGAAACAGUUUAUAAAUUUGUUUUAAUUCACUGCGAUUGUUAAUCUGAGGUUUUUGAUGCAUUAUCAUUUUUCUUUUCCUGUAUAUGGAAAUUCAGAUGCACGUUUGAUAAUGGUAACAUUGUUCUUUUUUGUAUUGAUCAUAAUCAUGAUGUUAUCAUUUUGUGUUCAUUAUUUGUAGAAAUCUGGUUGCUAAACAAAUAUAUUGGUUUUCUCAACCUCACAGUAUGUUUGGAAAAAAUAAGCCGAAGCUUUUUCGCACCCUAAAAUCCAUUCCAUAAUAUAGGUGCUGAUUAUUACUAUACAUUAAUAAUUAAACAUUUAUUUAUAGACAACCUCGUUUAGAAAAUCACACCUUACAAGUAUUCAAUGUAUGCCAAAAUAUUUCCAUGAAAGAUAAUCACCUACAAUGUGGGGUUUUUAGCUUUAAUUUUUUGUUUUGUUCACAAGACCAGUUUCUGUGUAUGAUUAAUUUUAUAUUGUUUUAAAUCCAAAUUCGAUCAACAAUAUUGCUUGUAUUUGUUUGCCUGUACACAUUUGUGUGGACAUGGAAAACACUGUGGGCACAAGCAUGUCCGCUGAACAAAAUAACCUGUCCAUUCUAAACAUGUAUUGUCUGUUACUUUCUGUAGCCUACAGUCAGGCCUCCUCAGAUUUUAUUUACUAUUUUCCUAUCUUCUGUUUAUUUAUAUUUCCUCUUCUAUUGUAAGUCAAGUUUUAUCAAGUGUCUUGUAUCAGGCUUAUGUGAUGUAUUUUCUAGUAAAAUUGUACAAGUGUC